ACAGUCAUACUUUACAUUGUCUCUCCCCUUUUUAUCCGAGUCUACUUUGAGAAAUGGGAGACUUUGCAAACCAGAGUACCAGCAGUGACUCCAGCAGAGCGCCCUGCUCUGCACCAUGACAGCGCAGCCACCCACCGGCUCUGCCCAGCGCUCUGCACGCUCGGCUGCCCUGGACUCACACUGAGCAGCCUGCCCAUAUGGGCUUUCUUCCAUACUCCGAGUACAUCGACUUUCACUGUCUACCUGAAAAAUAACUUAGUGUCUGAUUUUACAAUGACUCUGAUGCUUCCCCUGAGAAUCCUAACAGACUCUGGCCUGGGACCAUGGCAACUGAAGGCCUUCAUCUGCUUUUCAGCCAUAAUAUUCUAUGACACCAUUUAUAUUAGCACAGUGCUCCUGAGUCUCAUUGCUUCUGAUAGGUUUCUCAAGAUCAUGACACCUUUCGGGAAGUUCUGGGUGCAGAAAGUGAGUUCAGCAAAGAUCCUCAUGGGUCUGGUCUGGCUCUUUUUCCUGGUUCUCUCUGUGCCAAACUUGAUCCUAUUGAACAAGAAAGCAACGCCACAGUCGGUGAAGAAGCAUGCUUCACUGAAGCUACCCUGGACUCAAGCUGUUGGUUACAUCUGCCAGUUUGUCAUUCUUAAGCUUCUAUUCUAUGUAAUUAUUGCCAAAAAAGUGUACAAGUCUUACUUGAAAACAUGGAAGAAAGCAAGCAAAAAGAAACAAAGGGUCGAGGGGAAAGUCUUCAUCAUUUUCACCAUGUUCUUCUUCUGCUUUGCCCCCUUCCAUCCCUACACCCUGAGUCAAAUGACAACCCAGAUGGACUGCUGCCUGCAGAACCAGCUUUUUGUUGCUAAGGAGAGCACUCUUUGGCUGGCUGCCACAAACACCUGCAUGGAUCCUUUGAUAUCCGUGUUCUUGUGCAAACCAUUCCUAGCAAAAAUGCUACGCGGGAAAGUAAACACACUUCAGAGAACAAUUCAUAUGAACCCAAGAACUGAACUGGACGCAGGAACCUUGGCCAUCGAAUCUUGAUUCUGUAGCUUUGCACUCUGAGUCUUUGCAUAUCCACAAAGAAAUUAAGAAAUUUGUUUUACUGGUGCUGUAGAAAACUGAAGGAUGGUGGUGCUGUAAUACUUAAUAAAAAGGGCAGGCUGGA